AUGAAAGGUGCUUCACCUUUUUUUCUGUUUUUUUUUAUCUUCAUAAUUUGUUUAAAAUUGUCUAAUGGUUACGAAUCCCCCAGAUUUAGUCGUCUCACUAUAAAGGAGAAUAAAGACAUAUCAAAGGAUAUGGAAGAAUUAAAUGCAAUUAAUAAUGAAUUAAUUGAUAACGAAAAGGAAGAUGACGAUGACGACGAUGAAGAAAGCGAGGGUUUAGGUGGGUCUGAUUUUAAUGACCUAGCCCAUGAAAGUCUUGAACAGGCUGAGGAGCAAGCAACAAUUGAUCUUGAAAAUUCUGAAAUAGAAAAUAUCUUGGAUAAAGAGAUUUACAGAAUAAUUCAAGAGAGAUUAAAAAAAUUAUGGUAUAUUGGAAAAUGCCGAAGGGAUUAUUCUAAUUUAUGUCCUUUAGGAUGGAAAAUAUCGGAAUAUGAUACUGGUCUUUGUAUUCCUCCUGAAACAUACGAAGGACAGUGUAGGUCUAUAGACUUCUCGAAUAGUAAAGAUGUCGAUAAAGAGCUGUUCGCAUGGAAAUGUGAAGUACAAUGGCCAUGCAUAAAUUCACCAAAGUUAAAGAUUAUGGGGAAGUGUCCAUUCAAAUGGACCCUCGUAGGAAAUAGCUUAUGCAUAGCACCUGAAGACUAUGUUGGGAAAUGCUCACCAGCUAUGGACUUUUCAAAUUAUGAUUAUGAGCAUCGAGCUAGAUGGGCUAAUGAUUGUGACGCUGAAUGGAGUGCAUUGGCUAAAUCAUUUGUCAAAAAUGGCCAGGAAAUAAAAACCCCAACAUAUUCAUUUGGGGGUCCUGUAGAAGAAAAUGGACACGUUCUAAAAAUUGUUCAUUAA